AUGAUUAACAUACUUGCGGAGUUCUUCGUGGUUAUUUUGAAAGUUCUCUGGGCUAUUGUCAUGGCCGGGUUGAAAUGGUUUGUGCGACCUAAAGAGAAGAGCGUUGCCGGACAGGUGUGCGUGAUCACCGGAGCUGGUGGCGGUCUUGGGCGUCUUUUUGCCAAAGAGUUUGCCCGGCGACGCGCAAUACUUGUUCUCUGGGACAUCAACAAGCAAAGUAAUGAAGAGACUGCAGAGAUGGUGCGACAGAUCUACCGUGAAUUGGACAGCCCAAUGUCUAAAGACGGAGCUGUUAGUGGUGUAGAAGAGGUUCCUCCAUUCCAGCCACAAGUAUACACAUAUGUGUGUGAUGUGGGCAAACGAGAGAAUGUGUACUCCACUGCUGAGAAAGUCAGACGAGAGGUCGGUGAGGUGGACUUGUUGAUCAACAAUGCUGGUGUGGUGUCUGGCCACCACCUCCUGGAGUGUCCCGAUGAACUCAUUGAGCGGACCAUGGUAGUAAACUGCCAUGCACACUUCUGGACCACCAAGGCAUUUCUUCCCAAGAUGUUGGAGAUGAACCAUGGCCACAUUGUGACAGUUGCCAGUUCUCUGGGAUUAUUCAGCACAGCUGGUGUGGAGGAUUACUGUGCCAGCAAGUUUGGUGCCAUAGGCUUCCAUGAGUCGCUGAGUCACGAGAUCAAGGCGUCCGAGAAAGAUGGGAUCAAGAUGACGUUGGUGUGUCCCUACCUGGUAGACACAGGAAUGUUCCGAGGUUGCAGGAUAAGGAAGGAGAUCGAGCCCUUCUUGCCCCCGCUGAGGCCAGAGUUCUGUGUGAAACAGGCCAUGAGAGCCAUCCUGACUGACCAGCCCAUGAUCUGCACACCCCGUAUUGUUUACAUGGUCAACUUCAUGAAAAGCAUUCUGCCCUUUGAAGCCAUCGUCUGCAUGUAUCGGUUCCUGGGAGCAGACAAAUGCAUGUACCCCUUCCUGGCUCAGAGGAAGGAGGCCAUGAACAACAACGAAGCGAAAAACGGGAUCUAG